AUUCCCAUCACUGGGAGGCCAUACUCUCGCAGGUACCACAAGCUCCUGGAGAAGCGGAAGAAGCUGCCCAUUUGGGCCCAUAAGGAGAAGUUCCUUGAUGCUCUCGCCAAGCACCAGAUCGUCGUCGUUGCCGCCGGGAGUGGCUCAGGGAAAUCCACCCAGAUCCCUCAGUUUAUCAUCGAGGCAGGUUAUGCAGGUCAAGGUAAGAAGGUUGUGUGCACUGAACCUCGCAGAUUGAUUGCUACAGCCAUUUCUCGUCGAGUAGCUCAAGAGAUGGAUGUCACUAUUGGGGCAGAAGUUGGCUACUCAGUGCUGUUUGAAGAGUGUAGUGGCCCAAAAACUACUCUGAAGUAUUUAACAGAUGGAAUGCUCCUUAGAGAACUUCUGGCUGAUCAGCUUUUACAGAGUUAUGGUGUGAUAGUUCUGGAUGAGGCUCAUUUAAGGACAUUGGCUACAGAUAUUCUUCUUGGUUAUCUAAAAAGAUUGAUAGAAAGGAACUCUCAACCUGAUCUGAAACUAGUUAUAAUGAGCACGCAACAUGAGGUGAAAUGGUUUAAGGAUUACUUCAAAGGUGCCAAGAUUGUUCAAGUACAAGGAUCACUUAAUCCUGUUGAAAUUAUUCACACUUCAAAACCAAUAGGAGAUUACUUGGAAGCAUCAAUUGAGAAAGUCUUAGAGAUACUCACAUCUGAACCAACUGGUGAUAUUCUUGUGUUUCUCCCAGGAGGGGAUGACAUAGAAAUUGGCUCCUCGAGGCUCACUGAUCUGCUUAAAGACAGGACUAAUGAAUUUGGACCUGUGAGAGUUCUUCCGCUCCAUUCAACACUGUCAAUUGAACAUCAGAAGAAGAUUUUCAAGGCUGCUCCACCCUCAACAAGGAAGGGUGGCCCUGUCGGAAGGAAAGUUAUCAUGUCAACUGACAUUGCCGAAUCGUCAUUGGCUAUCGAUGGCAUUGCUUAUGUGAUUGAUUCUGGAUUUUCAAAGCAAAAGGUUUAUAAUGCAGGUCUACAUGCUGAGUCUUUGCUGGUUUUGCCAAUAUCAAGAGCAAGUGCAUACAGGAGAUCAGGAUGUUGCCGAAGGUCAGUAUCUGGGAAAUGCUACAGGCUCUACACAAAGAAGUUUCUCGAAGCUUGUCAGCCACAUGCAUCCCCAGAGAUUCUCCGUGCGAAUCUUGCAGGCACAGCCCUCCUUUUGAAGAAGCUUGGCAUUAGUGAUAUGCUACAUUUUGAUUUUAUUAACCCUCCUGCUGUUGACAUGAUGACUAGUGCUAUUGAGACAUUAAACUGCUUAGGUGCUUUGGAUGGAGAUGGGAAUUUGACUAUAAUAGGGGAACUCAUGAGUGAAUUUCCUCUUGAUCCUCAUAUGUCAAAAAUGAUCCUUUGCAGUCCAGAGUUCAAAUGCUCCACUGAGAUCCUCUCAAUCACUUCCAUGUUGUCAGUACCACAUUGCUUCUUCCAACCUAGGGGAAAGAAGCAUGAUGCUGAUGAAGCAAAGGCCAAAUUUAGUCAUGCUAAAGGGGAUCACCUUACUCUUCUGACUCUCUAUCAGGCCUACAAGAAACAUAAUGGCAGUUCUGCUUGGUGUGAAGAGAAUUAUGUUAAUGAAGCAGCUCUGAAGUCUGCUGAUAAUGCGAGGUUCCAGCUCGAGUCCAUCAUGCGUAGGUUCAACAUCAAGCUAUGUUCAACUGAACCCAGCAACUGUGAUUACGAAAACAAUAUAAGAAAAGCACUACUCGCAGGGUAUUUUAUGCAAGCUGCAAAGCUUGAUACUUCUGGUCACUAUGUGACUGUCAAGAAUCAACAUGUUGUGGAGCUGCAUCCUUCAAGCUCUGUUGUGCCAAAGCCGACAUGGGUCAUUUACGACGAUUUUGUUGUUGCCGGCAGGCCUUUUAUUCGUAUUGUCAGUGAUGUGCAAGGAGAGUGGCUUGUUUCUAUUGCUCCUCACUAUUAUCAUAUAUCAGCUAUUGGACGUAACUAAGUUGGGAGCAUCUCAAUCUCAAAACUAUAAUUAAUUCAUGUAAUUCAUUACUCAAAGAUUCUUACAGAUGUGUUGAUGCUUGAUUUCAGUGUAAAUAUAACUCCAUGAAUCAAAUACUAAGCUCCCAACUAAUUUCUUAGUUUUGCUCUUA